AGUUCACGUAAUUGCGUAGGUAUAGGACGCACAGUGCAUGUGUGUGUAUUAUGUAUGUGCACUUGAACAGUAUAUUUUGAAAGAUUUUUUGUCGUUAAACUUUAAGUUAUGAGCCGCUUUACCUCUCUCUUGCGAAGAACAUUUGGAGUGGUCAAAGAGCACGUCGGUACGGAUCAUUUAGGAAAUAAAUACUAUUACGUACCCGAGCAGAAGACAUGGACAGGAAGGGUCACUCGGCCCAGACGCCUGGUGGAAGCUGCCAAUCCAGCAGCGUUUGAGUACUCAGAGGGCAGUGUUCCCUCUGAAUGGGAUGCUUGGAUCAGAGGCAGACGGAAGCACCCGCCUACUGUAGAGGAGUUGCUAAAGAAUGAACGCUACAGGGAGAACAUCAAAAUUAAAGCCGAAGAAGUAGAGGAGAGGGACAAGGCCCUGCAGUCCAAAGAGUAUGAGGAAGGUUUGGUGGCUCGACCUGUUCAGGCUCAGAUCAAAGGCCAUGCUUCUGCCACACUGUUUGGACAGUCUGAAGUUAGCGAGGAGCCUGUAAGCACUGCCAACACAUUCCAGCCAGGGUCCUGGGUGUCUCCAGGAACCAAAAGAUAGGACUAUUAGAAGCCUUCUUAUGAGCCUUCGUGUUUCAUUCAGAGCAUGAUACUAAGAACUCGGUGAUAGACUGUGUAUGUUGAUUAAAAAGUUAUGUAACGUUCUAUAAUAUAUUGAAAUGACUAUAAAGAUGAUUUAUAAUCUGGAUAAAUCAAACUGUUGACUUUCAGAGAACUUUGUAAUUCUUGUUGUGGAACGUUUAUGCACUUGCCACUUGGUUAAAAGUAUUGGAGUGGAUCAAUAUAUGCUUUUGUUUAGGGAUGCACCGAAACGAAAAUUCUUGGCCGAAGCCGAACACUUGGCUGAAGGCCGAAUAAUACCGAACAUGGUUUUUUGCAUUUCUUCUAUUUAUUAAGCUAUUUUUUUCACUAUUGCACAAACUGAAUAGUCAAAAUGUGCUUUUUAUAAUUUGUCUUGCUUUUCAAUAAUAUACAAUACAACUUUAUAUAAAAUUUAGCAAAACAAAGUAAAUUCAAACAAAAAAUUGAGCCCUCUCCCUUCAUGAAUAGCCUAUAUUAAUUAGGCCUAUAACUGACUGCUAAAAGAAUGUAAUGUAAGUUACUCUGUACCCCUACAACAAAACAGUUCAUUAAAAAGUGUCAUUCCACAUUAGGUCUAUAAGCUAAAAAUACGAA